UGGCUAUUUAUGUUCCACAAAUUUAGGUUAAGGAGAGUGAGGCUGUAAUUAUGGAACAGAAAUCCAGAAAAUGACAGAAAAACGUUAGUUGCCCUCUUCUAGGACAGUCAUGUUGGAAGGAUUGGUAGCCUGGGUCCUCAACACCUAUUUGGGCAAAUAUGUCAAUAACCUGAACACUGACCAACUUUCGGUCGCUCUUCUAAAGGGUGCUGUUGAAUUGGAAAACUUGCCACUAAAGAAAGAUGCCUUGAAGGAACUGGAAUUACCAUUUGAAGUAAAGGCAGGUUUCAUUGGCAAAAUAACACUACAGAUACCUUUUUAUCGCCCACAUGUGGAUCCAUGGGUGAUAUCUGUCUCAAAACUGCAUUUAAUUGGUGCCCCAGAAAAAAAGGAAGAUUUUGAUGAGGAAAGGGAGAAGUUGCAAGAAAGAGAACACAAGAAAGCCCUUCUUCUAGCACUUGAAGAAAAAUGGAAAAAAGAACGACAACAGAAAGGGGAAUCUUACUGGUACUCAGUUACUGCAUCUGUAGUCACAAGAAUUGUAGAAAACAUUGAAUUAAAAAUUCAGGAUGUCCAUUUGAGGUUUGAAGAUGGUGUCAAUAAUCCUUUGCAGCCAUUUGCGUUUGGCAUAUGCAUCAAAAAUGUAUCAAUGCAAAAUGCGGUAUUUGAACCAGUAGAGAAGCUGAUGCGGAAAAAACAACUGGAUGUUGCCGACUUCAGUGUUUAUUGGGAUACCAACUGCACUUUAUUGGGUGACCUGCCUCCUGGUCAGCUACAGGAAGCGAUGGAUAAAAGUAUGGAAAGUCGUGAUCAUAAUUACAUCAUGGAACCUGUAUGCACUUCUGCUCUUCUUAAACGAAAUUGUUCUAAGGAGCCUUUAAGAUCACGCCAGACUCCGCGGCUUGAGUGUGACAUUCAGCUUGAGACUAUACCCUUGAAGCUUUCACAGAUGCAGUAUCAGCAGAUCAUGGGAUUUUUAAAGGAACUGGCUAGAAAGGAACGACAGCUUAAAUUCAGGAAGUGGAGACCAAAGGUUACAGUAACAGGGAACUGCCGAGAAUGGUGGAUCUUUGCUUUGAAUGCUAAUCUUUCGGAGAUCAGGGAGCAGAGACAACGUUCUACCUGGGAGUUCGCAUUGCAUCGGGCCCAAGAUGCAGUAUCUUACACUGACAUGUAUUAUAGCAAGUUGAAGGGGGAACCACUGUCUACUGCAGAGCAGGCAGAAAUGCAUCGUAUUGAGGAUGAGCAAACUUACGAGGAGUUGAAGACACUAUAUGAGAUAGUUCAUGAUAAAUUUCAUGACCUAGCUGAGAGUGUUAAAGAGCCGUUGCCUGAGUCUCCUGGAGGUUCCCCUACAGCAGAAUCUGCACAUGGCAGUAGCACUGGAAUGCUGCAGUAUCUUCAGUCUUGGUUUCCUGGUUGGGGAGGUUGGUAUGGAUAUGCUCAGCAAACAUGCGAAGGUGAACCUUUUGAAGGACUGCUGCCGGACCCAAAGGAACAGUGGAAUCCAGAAGACAUACUAGGUGCAGAUGAAUUUUUUGAUCCUGCUGCAGAUGCUUCUAGCAUGAAUACCUUUACAAAGAGAGAUCAUGUUUUUGCUAAAUUAAAUCUACAGUUGCAGGGUGGCUCUUUCACUCUGUUGCAUAAGGAGAAGAAGGUGGUGCAUGCUGAAGAGACUGCUUUUAUGCAGCUGGAGUUUUCAGGUGUAAAGAUCUUGGCAGAAUCCCUUCCUCGCAGAAAUUCUUCCCUUCUCAAAGUUCAGCUUGGUGGUCUUUUUCUGAGGGAUUUGGCAACUGAAGGGACCAUAUUUCCUGUUCUUGUUUUCCCAAAUCCUCAAAAAGAGGUUGCCUGCAUGUCUUCCUUUGGACUCCAAAGUUUGUCCUCAGAAAUGACUAAUCAGAACACUGUUGCAGAUCCUGAUGCCCCAGUGUUUGAGAUGCUUUAUGAAAGAAAUCCAAUCCACAGCAAUUUUGAGAGGCGCCUGGAAGUCAGUACCAGACCUCUAAAUAUUAUUUACAAUCCACAAGCCAUUAAGAAAGUAGCUGACUUCUUCUACAAGGGAAGGGUUCAUACCUCAGGUUUUGGAUAUCAAUCUGAGUUAGAGGCAAGAGUGGCUGAAGCUGCCAGAAGACAGUACAACAAGCUGAAAAUGCAGACAAAAGCUGAAAUCAGGCAAACUAUUGAUCGUUUACUAGUAGGAGAUUUCAUUGAAAACAGCAAAAGCUGGACGGUGUGCCUUGAUAUUUCUGCCCCUCAGGUGAUCUUUCCUGAUGAUUUCAAAUUUGUGGAUCCAGUGUUAGUUGUUGUAGAUCUGGGAAGAAUAUUACUUACCAAUUCUCAAGAAGAAUCUAAAAGGAGUGCAGAUACUUUUUCUUCAGAAGUCAAUGAAUUGAGUGAUGAGGAAUAUAAAACACCUCUUGCAACUCCUCCCAAUACUCCACCACCAGAAUCUAACACUAAUAGUGGCGUCAAAAUGUCUGAAUUUACUGGUUUAGAAAUAAGUGAAGAGCAGCUACAAGCACACUUAAUGAGUAAAAAAAUGUAUGAGACAUACACGCUUUCAUUUAUGGACCUUCAGAUCAUGGUGGGCCGAGUGAAAGACAACUGGAAACACGUUCAAGAUAGUGAUGUGGGUCCAACUCAUGUGGUAGAAAAAUUCAAUGUUCACCUGCAAUUGGAGCGCAGAUUGAUAUACACGUCUGACCCAAAAUACCCGGGAGCUGUCUUGUCUGGCACUCUGCCAGACUUGAAAAUUCAUAUCAAUGAAGACAAAAUAUCGGCUCUGAAGAACUGUUGUACACAGCUGAGUACAUCUGAAACUAAGUCUUCCGAUGCCCUACAUUUAGGAAAAGACAAGAUUUUUGCAGAGGUAGACCAGCUUGGCAGUUUGCAUGAUUCUGUAAUGAAUCUAACACAGAGUGUUGUAAUGCUAGAGCAACAUACCAGGGAAGUUCUUGUUGAAUCUCAGCUGCUUUUGGCUGAGUUCAAAGUAAACUGUAUGCAGCUGGGUGUUGAAAGUAAUGGACGAUAUAUCUCUGUGCUCAAGGUUUUUGGCACCAAUGCCCAUUUUGUGAAAAGGCCGUAUGAUGCAGAAGUGUCCCUGACUGUUCAUGGCCUGUUACUGGUUGAUACUAUGCAAACGUAUGGAACAGAUUUUGAUCUUUUGAUGGCUUCUCAUAAGAAUCUGAGUUUUGACGUGCCAACAGGAAGUCUUCGAGACAGCAGGGCUCAGUCCCCAGUUUAUGGACCAUAUGAUGCGCGUCCCAUUGAUGUAGCUAGUUUGGCAGAGAGAUGCACUACAGCCCCAAAUACUUCAUCUGGUGGUAGCAGAAAAGAUCAAGAGUCCCUGAUAAAAUUAGAGUAUCAGUUUGUGAGUGCAGAAUGCCCAUCAAUGAAUUUGGAUAGCAGUCUGCAGGUGAUCUCUCUGCAGGUGAACAACCUGGAUAUCAUCCUUAAUCCAGAGACUAUUGUUGAACUGAUUGGGUUUCUCCAGAAAUCUUUCCCGAAGGAGAAAGAAGAUUCUAGUCCUCAGCCUUUAGUAACUGACUUGGAAAGAGAUUGGAGGGAACAGGAAACCUUCCAGUCUACUUAUGUACAGAAUACAGAGGUAGCAGUUGAUAUUCACUGGUUAAAUAUACUCCUCCUCAGGACAGUUGGCAUGACAAAUGGAGAAAAAUAUGGCAGAAAAAUUGCAACAGCCAGUAUUGGUGGCACCAAAGUCAAUGUCUCCAUGUGUAGUAAAUUUGAUGUAAAUGGCUCUCUUGGAUGCCUUCACCUUAUGGACCUAACACAAGAUAGUGUGAAGAACCAGUAUGUUGUCAGCAUAGGGAAUACAGUAAGGUAUGAAAAUCUCAUUGGUGAUGUAGAUUACUUUGAAUCUUUAUUCUUUAGGCUUGAUGAUGGAAAUAGCCUUCCAGAUGCUUUAAGUUUCACUUUCACAGAAAAGUCAAAAGAGGAAUGUUCUCUCAACCUCAAAAUGGCCUCCUUGCACUACAACCACUCAGCUAAAUUUUUGAAAGAACUAACUUUGUCAAUGGAUGAAUUGGAAGAGAAUUUCCGCAGCAUGCUGAAAAGUGCAGCUUCAAAAGUUACUACAGUCUUGGCAACUAAAACUGCUGAAUACAGUGAAAUGGUUUCUUUGUUUGAUACGACGCCACGAUCAAGAGAUGUUGCCAACAUAGAAGAUAAUGAAGGCUAUGCAUUUGGAUCACAGCCUCUCAAAACUGAUACUAUUAAGCUUAUAUUAAACGUAAACAUUGAAUCACCGAUUGUCUCAAUACCUCGAAAGCCUGGUAGCUCUGAAUUGCUUGUAGGUCAUCUAGGACAAAUAUCUAUUCAGAAUUUUGUACCAGGAGAAGAUGAAUCUACAAGUGAUAGACUGCAAGUUGAAAUUAAAGAUAUUAAAAUGUAUUCUUUAAAUAGCAGUCAAUUUACGAGCAAGAGGGAGCCUGCAAGUGAAAUAUCUCAUGGGCUCCAUUCUUCUUCAGGUCCUGCCAGUAUUAAUAGCCAGGAAGAAUCCCAUUUUACUCGUCAUGACUUCUUUGAAUCGUUACAUAAAGGCCAUGCUUUCCACAUUCUGAAUAACACCACCAUCCAGUUUAAAUUGGAAAAGAUACCACUAGAGAGAGAUUUGGAUUUAACUUUUCCUCUGAGUAAUGAAGACUUUGGAAUAUCAAGCAUUAUGAAGAUUGAAGGGAAAUUUGUGAACCCUCUUCAGGUGGUGUUAGCAAAACAUGUGUAUGAACAAGUCCUGCAGACUCUGGAUAAUUUAAUUUACAGUGAAGACUUGAACAAAUUUCCAACCACUUCUGUAUCUUCAACUUGUCAUAGUUCUCCUUCAGCAUCACUUCAUAGUACAGGCACAGAAUUCUCAAGUGAACGGAAGGAAAAUGGCUUAUUCAGCCAUUCUAGUUUUAAUUCUGUUCCAAACAAGUCAUUAGCUAUCAGGGAAACAAAGUCUUUUACUCAGAUUCAAGCAAACUUUCAUAUCUCAGAGCUCCAGGUUCAGUUAAGUGGUGAUCUUACACUUGGUGCACAAGGCCUUGUCAGCCUUAAGUUUCAGGAUUUUGAUGUUGAGUUCGCUAAAGAUCAUCCUCAGACUUUGUCUAUUCAGAUUGCCUUGCGUUCUCUGCUAAUGGAAGAUCUUCUGGAGAAAAACCCAGACUCUAUGUAUAAGAAUCUCAUGGUGUCCCGUGGAGCACCCAAGCCAUCCAGUUUAGCACAUAAGGAAUAUCUUUCACAGUCUUGUCCCUCGGUAUCCAAUGUAGAAUAUCCAGAUAUGCCACGUUCCCUGCCUUCCCAUAUGGAAGAAGCACCUAAUGUCUUUCAGCUAUACCAAAGACCAGUUUGUGCCUCCCGUAAGAAGCAAAAAGAAGAUGCUGAUUCUGAGUAUCCUCUGACUCCACCUCCUUCUCCAACAGCAGACAGAUCCAAGUUGCCCUGUGGAAAAAGUAACUUUGAUGAUUCAUUAGUUCAUAUCAAUAUAUUUCUAGUGGAUAGGAAACAUCCUGAAUUUUCUUCUCACUAUAACAAAAUUAACCGUAGUGUAGAUGUUGAUUUUAAUUGUCUAGAUGUCUUAAUAACUUUGCAAACUUGGGUAGUGAUACUGGAUUUCUUUGGGAUUGGAUCCACUGCUGAUAACCAUGCUAUGAAGCUGCAACCUGAAGAUACUCAGCAGACAAUCAAAUCAGAAAUAAAUACCUUGUCAGCUUCUCAAGCCCAAGAGCCUGUAAACACUAAGCUGGAUCUGAAGGUUCAUUCUUUAUCGUUAGUACUGAAUAAGACAACUAGUGAGCUUGCUAAAGCCAGUGUGUCAAAACUUGCAGCUCACUUGGAAGUGAUUGAGGGAGAUUUAGCCCUCCAAGGAAGUAUUGGAAGUCUGUCCUUGAGUGAUCUUACAGCUCAUGGAGAAUUUUACAGAGAACGUUUCACUACGAGUGGUGAAGAGGCGCUCAUUUUCCAAGUCUAUAAAUAUGGGAGGCCAGAUCCAUUGCUACAGAGGGAGUGUGAUAUUCGUGUUACUCUACGAAUGGCAUCUGUUCAGUAUGUGCAUACUCAGCGUUUCCAGGCAGAGGUGGUGUCUUUCAUCCAACAUUUUACUCAGCUUCAGGAUGUCUUGGGGCGGCAAAGAGCAGCAAUUGAAGGACAAACAGUAAGAGAUAAAGCACAGCGAGCUUCCCGAGUUCUUCUUGAUAUUGAGGCUGGUGCUCCUGUUCUGCUCAUACCUGAAAGCUCAAAGUCUAACAGUCUUAUUGUGGCUAAUCUUGGAAAACUGAAAGUCAAGAACAGAUUUCUGUUUGCGGGUAUGCCGGGUACUUUUUCACUGAAGAACAAGGAUUCAGUUCAAUUUUCAUCUCCUUUGGGAACCCCAAAACAUAUCAUGAAGAAAACAACAAGUGCUGAUGAAUCAAAAGUGGUGAUGGAAGGAUUGUUCAUGAAAAAAUCAUCAGGAACAAACAUUUCUAGGCUGAAGAGUGAGCCUAUGUUGAAUACCUUGAGUAAGCAACAAAGCCAGCAAUCAAAGCUACCUAUCGCACCAAACCCUGACAGCCCAGAGGAUCACAUCUGCCUCUUAGACUGCAUUGUGGUUGAUCUGCAGGACAUGGACAUAUUUGCUGCGGAAAGAUAUCAGAGAGGGUAUUCAAAGGCUGUGGAAGAUACAAGUGCGGACUUGAGCUUUCCAUCCUACUUUGUGAGGCAGACAGGAGGAAGCCUAUUAACAGAACCUUUCAGACUGAAGUUACAAGUAGAGAGAAACUUAGACAAAGAGCUAAGUCAUGCAGUUGCAGACAUAUCAAUACAUGGCAAUCUGUCAUCAGUCCAUUGCUCUCUGGAUUUGAAUAAGUACAAACUGAUACGUGGACUGCUGGAGAACAACCUUGGGGAGCCAAUAGAAGAGUUCAUGCGGCCUUAUGAUUUGCAGGAUCCAAGAAUUCAUACAGUUUUGAGUGGAGAAGUGUAUACUUCUAUGUCGUUCCUCAUUGACAUGGUUAAUGUGAGUCUGGAACUGAUGGAUCCAAAAGGAAAAGACGGAUGCAGCUCGUUAGCCAGGUUUGAUUUUAAGAAAUCCAAGUUGCUUUUUGAAAGCUCUUCAAAUGGAACAAAAUCUGUAAAUUUGGUUUCUCAUUCUAUGAUGGCGUUUGACACACGUUAUGCUGGACAGAAGUCUACUGCAGGCAUGCCAAAUGUGUUCAAUUGCAUCUUUCAGUCAUCAAAGAAUACUAGUAGUCCAGGAGCAAUCCAGAUUGAAUUGCACUUCAGGUCUACUAAGGAUUCCUCCAGUUUCACAGUUGUUCUGAACAAUCUUCGUGUAUUUCUAAUAUUUGACUGGUUGUUACUUGUUCAUGACUUUUUAUAUACUCCUGGAGAUACCAAAAAGCGAGAAAAUCCCCUUUCUUCCCGGCAACGCACUUAUAGCAGUGAAACAACUGUAGUUCCAAAAACAGUGAAAAGUGGAGUAGUUACAAAACGUUCAUCGCUGCAUGUGUCUACAGAAAAACAACUGGAAGUUAAGGUCAAUGUGACAGGAACGGAAUUUGUGGUCAUUGAAGACAUGUCUUGUUUCGAUACCAAUGCAAUUAUUUUGAAGGGGACUACUGUUCUCACUUACAAGCCCAAGUUAUUAGAUCGUCCUUUCUCUGGUAGUUUGUUUGGCAUUGAGGUUUUUUCAUGCCGGUUAGGAAAUGAGCAAGAGACCGCACUGUCAAUUAUUGAUCCAGUACAAAUUCAGAUGGAACUUGUUGGGAAUGCUUCCUACCCAAGUGGUUCAGGACUGUUGGAUGCUUUCAAUAGUGAGGAUUUUCCUCCUAUUCUAGAGAUUCAGUUGCAAGCACUGGAUAUCAGACUGUCAUACAAUGAUGUUCAACUGUUCUUGGCAAUUGCAAAGUCAAUUCCUCAACAGACUAGUGCAGCUAUGCCUGACUCAACUGUAUCGAUUGCUGAAAAUACUGCUAAUCCUUCUAGUUUAGCACUGGUGAAUGAGUCUUCCUCCUUUACACAUGAAAAGAGAGAGACACCCAAACGUGUGUUGGAUCCCGUUCUCGAGGUACAGCUGGCUCGCCUCCAGGAGUUGGGAUUCAGUAUGGAAGAUUGUCGUAAAGCUCUUUUGAUCUGCCAAGGUGACUUGAAAAAAGCAGCAAGUUGGUUAUUUAAGAAUGCUGAGCCUUUGAAACCGGUUUCCCUGACCUCUUCCGGUCGAGAUAGCCAGGGGAUUGUGCCUUUUCAGUUCAUCUCUGGAGUGGAAAUAAAAGCAGAAAGUAUAUGCAUUUGCUUUAUUGAUGACUGCAUGGACUGUGACGUUCCCCUUGCUGAGUUAACCUUUUCACGUUUGAAUUUUCUCCAACAUUUGAGAGCCAACCCUGAAGGCUACGCUCAUUUUACCCUCUUUGGAGAUUAUUACAAUCGUGAGCUUUCAGGCUGGGAGCCAUUUAUUGAGCCAUGGCCAUGUUCAGUUUCUUGGCAACAACAAGCUUCGAGCCGCCUCCACCCUUCCCGACUGAAGCUGGAAGUAAAGGCUAAACACCGUUUGGAUAUAAACAUUACCUCUGUCUUCAUAGAACAAUACACAUGUACCAAACAGUCAUGGAUGGAAGAUUACUGUAAACAGGACAAAGAAGUGAAUGUAAUCAGUUCAGAAGACUGGAUGGGUUCUUCGGUGGAUCCACCAUGUUUUGGGCAGAGCCUUCCUCUUGUCUACCUUAGAACUAGGAGUACAGCCAGUUUGACUAACCUAGAGCAUCAAAUCUAUGCUAGAGCUGAAAUGAAGACUCCAAAACGUAGGCAGCCGUUUGUUCCAUUUGCUCUUAGAAAUCAUACUGGAUGCACUCUGUGGUUUGCUACCCUAACUACAACACCUACCCGGGCUGCACUGUCUCACAGUGGGAGUCCAGGUGUUGUUCCUGAGGAAAAUGGGACGUUGCUGGAUGAUGCCCAUAAUGUCAGCGAAUGGCAAGAAGUUACCACUGGGGAAGAGAUUCCAUUUGAAUUUGAAGCCAGAGGGAAACUCAGACACAGGCACACACACGAUCUAAGAAUUCAUCAGUUGCAAGUGAGAGUAAAUGGCUGGGAAGAAGUCAGUCCAGUAUCUGUAGACAAAGUUGGAACAUUUUUCCGAUACGCUGCACCAGAUAAGAACUCAUCCUCUUCUACUCUCGGAAGCCCAAUAAGUAGAACAAAUAUAAUACAUCCACAAGUCUACUUUUCUUCAUUGCCUCCAGUUCGUGUGGUAUUUGAAGUUACCAUGGAAGGUAGCGCUCGGAAAGUGAUAACAGUGCGCUCAGCCUUGAUUGUGAAGAACAAGCUGGAAACACCAAUGGAACUAAGACUAGAUAGUCCUUCUGCUCCUGACAAACCUGUAGUUCUUCCAGCAGUUAUGCCGGGAGAUUCCUUUGCUAUUCCAUUACAUCUUACAUCUUGGCGUUUGCAAGCCAGGCCGAAAGGAAUGGGAGUCUUUUUCUGUAAGGCUCCAAUUCAUUGGACUAAUGUUCAGAAGACAGCAGAAGUAUGUAGCAGCAAGCGAGAGUGUCAUUCAAUGGAGUCUGAAAAUAGCCGAUUUUUCAGGUUUUGUGUGGCUAUAAAGAAAGAAAAUUAUCCGGAUUACAUGCCUUCCAAUAUAUUUUCUGACAGUGCUAAACAGAUUUUCAGACAGCCUGGGCAUACUAUUUAUCUCUUGCCAACGGUGGUAAUCUGUAACUUGCUACCUUGUGAACUCGAGUUCUAUGUUAAAGGAAUGCCAAUUAACGGGACAUUAAAACCUGGCAAAGAGGCAGCAUUGCACACAGCUGAUACAUCUCAGAACAUUGAGCUUGGGGUAUUGCUAGAAAACUUCCCGAUCUGCAAGGAGCUGUUGAUUCCUCCUGGGACACAAAACUACAUGGUGCGGAUGCGAUUGUAUGAUGUCAACAAACGACUACUAAAUUUGACCAUAAGGAUUGUAUGUCGUGCUGAAGGUUCUCUAAAAAUACUAAUUUCAGCACCAUAUUGGUUAAUCAACAAAACAGGAUUGCCACUUAUCUUCAGACAAGAUAAUGCAAAAACAGAUGCUGCAGGUCAGUUUGAAGAGCAUGAGCUUGCUAGAAGCCUCAGCCCACUUCUAUUCUGUUAUGCUGAUAAAGAACAGCCAAACUUUUGUACAAUGCGGGUUGGAAAAGGAAUCCAUCCUGAAGGUAUGCCUGGCUGGUGCCAGGGUUUCUCCCUGGAUGGUGGUAGUGGUGUCAGAGCCCUUAAAGUGAUUCAACAUGGAAACCGGCCAGGCCUCAUUUAUAACAUUGGUAUUGAUGUUAAAAAAGGCCGAGGCCGUUAUAUUGAUACAUGUAUGGUAACAUUUGCACCCCGUUACCUGUUAGAUAAUAAAUCAACCUACAAGCUUGCCUUUGUUCAGCGGGAAUUUGCCAGAGGUCGGGGAACAUCCAAUCCCGAUGGUAACGAUUAUGAUCAACUAUUAUGUGUGAGACUAAUGGAUGUCCCAAACUGCAUUUGGUCUGGGGGCUUUGAGGUCAACAAAAAUAACUCGUUCCAUAUUAAUAUGAGGGACACCCUGGGAAAAUGUUACUUCUUAAGAGUAGAAAUUACUCUUCAAGGAGCCACAUAUCGCAUUGCGUUCAGUGACACAGAUCAGUUACCGCCACCUUUCCGCAUAGACAAUUUUUCCAAGGUCCCAAUUGUUUUUAAUCAGCACGGCGUUGUCGAGCCAAGACUGUACACUGAAGUGAAGCCCAUGACCUCUCUGGAUUAUGCAUGGGAUGAACCUAUUCUGCCACCUUUUAUAAUGCUGACAGUUAAAGGGGCAGGCUCCUCAGAAAUCGUCUGUAGCAUGAAUGACUUCCAAGAUAGCAAGCAGCUUUACUAUGAAAACUUCAUUUAUAUUGCUGCUACAUAUACUUUCUCAGGUUUACAGGAGCCGGGUGUAAGACCAGUUGCUUCGAAUAAGGAUGCUGCAUAUGCAGAGCUUGUCCUUGAUGUUUCUCCAAAGACUCAACGAGUUGUACUGAAAAAGAAGGAGCCAGGAAAACGAUCCCAGCUUUGGAGAAUGACGGGCACAGGAAUGCUUUGCCAUGAAGGUUCUUCAGUUCCUCAUAACCCCCAUAAACCUUCUCCUCGGUCUGUGGACUCUUGUAUGAUUUUAGAUAUUGCAGGUCUGGCAGCUGUCACAGAUAACAGGUACGAGCCCCUGAUGUUGAGAAAGCCUGAUCGACGGCGCAGUACUACGCAGACAUGGAGUUUUUGUGAUGGGAAGUUGACCUGUGGUAUUCAUGGACUUGUUGUCCAGGCAAAGGGAGGAAUACUAGGUCUUCAUGAUGGAGCAGAAGUUGUUCUUGGUCCUGAUACUUCACUUGAACUUUUGGGGCCAGUUCCACCUGAACAGCAGUUCAUAAACCAGAAGAUGAGGCCUGGGUCAGGAGUACUAGCUGUUAGAGUCAUCCCGGAUGGGCCAACUAGAGUUCUACAGAUAACAGAUUUUAACCAACGUAGAAAUGAUCGUUUAUCCAGUGAAGGAGACGAACUUCCAGUUACAGAACAAGAUCUACGCAAGUUAAAAAAUCCAGAUACAGAGCAGGAAUUAGAAGUGCUUGUGAAACUGGAAGGUGGAAUAGGAUUGUCUUUGGUCAACAAAGUUCCUGAAGAGCUAGUAUUUGCAAGCCUCACAAGAAUUAAUGUCCACUACACACAACUGUCGACAAGUCAGGUGCUAGAGCUCAGUGUGCAAGACAUACAGGUGGACAACCAGCUUAUUGGCACCACACAGCCUUUUAUGCUCUUUCUGACACCUAAGAUGAGUGAAAAUGAACCCGUGGAGACUGGUCCUGCAGUGCAAAUAAAUGCAAUGAAAUUUCCCAGUAAAAAUGCACUGACUGAUAUAUACAAGCAUCUGAUGAUCACUGCUCGAAAGUUCACAGUUCAAAUUGAGGAGAAACUACUUCUGAAGCUAUUGAGUUUCUUUGGCUAUGAUCAGUCUGAAUCAGAGGUUGAAAAGUAUGAUGAAAACCUCCAUGAAAAAGUUGUUGAACAAGGUGGAGGACAAAAGCGAUACUACUUUGAAAAUCUGAAAAUCAGCGUGCCUCAAAUAAAGUUGAGUGUCUUCACUUCCAACAAGCUACCUUUGGAUCUCAAGGCAUUGAAAAGCACACUGGGAUUUCCUCUAAUCCGAUUUGAAGAUGCUGUGAUUAAUCUGGAUCCUUUCACUAGGGUCCAUCCAUAUGAAACUCGGGAGUUUAUCAUUAAUGACAUUCUGAAGCACUUUCAAGAGGAGCUGCUUAGUCAGGCAGCAAGGAUUCUAGGUUCUGUGGAUUUCCUUGGCAACCCUAUGGGUCUGUUGAAUGAUGUUUCAGAAGGUGUUACUGGACUUAUAAAAUACGGCAAUGUUGGUGGUCUCAUAAGAAAUGUCACACAUGGAGUAUCAAACUCUGCUGCGAAGUUCGCUGGGACCUUGUCAGAUGGUUUGGGAAAGACAAUGGAUAACAGACAUCAAACCGAGCGAGAGUACAUUCGAUACCACGCUGCAACUAGUGGAGAACAUCUUGUAGCUGGAAUCCAUGGACUUGCACAUGGUAUCAUUGGAGGAUUGACAAGUGUAAUAACUUCAACAGUCGAAGGUGUGAAAACUGAAGGAGGUGUCAGUGGUUUCAUAUCAGGCCUUGGGAAAGGGCUGGUUGGCACAGUAACCAAACCUGUGGCUGGAGCUCUGGAUUUCGCGUCGGAAACUGCACAGGCAGUGAGGGACACUGCAACUCUAAGUGGCCCCAGGACACAAGCGGAGAGAGUGAGAAAGCCACGCUGUUGUAGAGGACCUCAAGGGCUCUUGCCCCGCUAUUUAGAAAGUCAAGCAGAAGGACAAGAACAGCUCUUCAAACUGACUGACAACAUCCAAGAUGAGUUCUUCAUAGCAGUGGAGAACAUAGACAGCUAUUGUGUUCUCAUUUCAUCUAAAGCUGUUUAUUUCCUAAAGAGCGGUGAUUACACAGACCGCGAGGCCAUCUUCCUAGAAGUCAAGUAUGAUGAUCUCUACCACUGCCUUGUUUCAAAAGACCAUGGGAACGUGUAUAUACAGUUGACGAAGAAAGCUGUUAAUACAAGUAGUGGUGUCGCAAUGCCAGGCCCAUCACAACAAAAACCAAUGGUGAAAGUGAAAUCUGAAGUUCUUGCAGUAAAGCUAUCUCAAGAAAUAAACUAUGCAAAGAGCCUUUAUUACGAACAACAGCUUAUGUUAAGACUCAGUGAAAAUCAAGAACAAUUAGAGCUGGACUCUUGAAACCUCUUCCUUACACUGCCAGAGUGAACUGCAAGUAUCAGUCUGGAGCUGAUGGUGUUCUGGAACUAGAGAAGGUAUUACAUGGGAAGGAAAUAAAUACGAUUUUAGUAUUUAGCUAAAGGGAAUCAUUGUGCAUAAGAAAACGAGUGAGGUGGGCUUUCCUUUUUUUUUUAUUUUAAAGCAUUAGUUGUGUAACAGAAGAUAGAGCUGAACUGCAUUUGGUUCUGGGAGAAGCCCUGUAUUUUGCUAACAUGUAUAUAUGUAAAAGUGUUUCAUGUAAAUAAGAAAGUACAGACCAGGGUGUUGGUAUAAAUAGAAGUCUGUUUACUUAUGUAAAGAAAUUAAAGGAGCUAUACUGAGUCUUACUGCACUACCUGAAACUAGCCAUUCUCUCUCUCUGUCUUUUUUCCUUGAGAAAGCUGAUUUUCACAGGGCAGGAAUGUAGAUCAAAGUUUAAAAAAGACAAUAAAAUCAGGAGUUAAUUGCAGCUGUUGGAGCACAGACAUCCUGUAGUUUGGUGCUUUAACACUGUGAUCAGGGUGCAUUGUUUGGGGUUGGUUGUUGGGGGUUUUGUUUUUUCCUUAAAUCACUAGUACAGCUAAAUGCACGUAUACCUAGCGUUCCACUGAAAUGUCAUCCUCGUUUUUAACAAAAAUAAUUGCAUUUUGUUAAACAUUGCAGUGAGGACUCACUAAUUCAAGUACCUUUUUGAAAUAUUAGCAAACAAGAAGCUGAUUAUGUCCUGAAUACAGCACUCAAACCUAGCAACGUCUGUGCCUCUGAAGGCCCCUGCUUCUAGGUUGUUUUUUAAAUAGUUCAAGUGAGCAGCCUUGGAAAUUGAAACCUUUAACUUCAGUUUUUUCCUUCACUCGGGUUGAGUAAGGAUGUAUAGUUGGCUGGUUAGUGUGGAAUUCUGCUAGCACUGGAAAUGCUGGGCGGGUGGGGGGAGAGGAAAUCACCACAUCAUGUGUCUUCAUGACAACCUCUUCAAAAUUAAAUUUUUCGAAAUAAUAAAAAUAACACGCGUUUUCAAAUGCUGUACAUCAAAUCAGUAUUUGUCUCAUUGACUAACCAAGCUGAUGAUUGAGGAAUGCGUGUACUUGUAUACCUUUAUUCACCAAAACUAGGAAAUCUCAUUUUCACGUUUGCUCCCUGGAGACAGUUCAGCAACUGUGCUGAAAGGCUGCGCGCACUACGGCACAACUUUCCUAAAACUGCUGAGUAACCUACAUUCUAAGAACGUUAUUUUGUAAACCUUUGACUCAAAGUAAGGAGCCCACUAUAGCUUUACUUUCAACUUAGUUUACCUUUUAAUAUCCUUUCAUAAAAGCACACCGGAAUAUUUUUAAACUGAAGGUUAGAAUUAAACCAAUUCUCAACUCCUGGAAAGUGAAAGGCAGAGGAUUAUUGUGUAAGGAGAAAACGUGGUAUCAGUCGAUGUGUGUAUGGUCUGUGACUGGAAAUUAAAAUCCAUAAAGGUCUGUUACGCAAAUGAAACUGAUUUAAUGCAUCACUUUUGUAUAUUUCUCUGUAUAAUUUUUAAGUAAAAUAAGGACUUCAACAAGUGC